AUGAAAAGAAAGACUUCAGAAGUCAAAGAUGGGAAGGAAAGGGAUUCCAAGCAGAUUUCUCUUGAAGAAGACAAGAUAAAGGGUUUGUUUAAUCCAAAGAUCUGGGACAGGACAUUCCAGGAUGGUCUGAAAAAAGAAAUUGAAGACUCCCAACCUUAUAACUGGGGUACUAUUCAUGAGUUAAUUAAUGAUGAUCUACUUCGUGCUGUUCGUAAAGAAAUUGAAACUGAGAUCCAUUUCACCAAAAAAGAAACUGAUAUUUAUAGAGUUAACCAAAGUGGUGACUUGGCCAAUCUAUCAGGUUUGGACUGGAACGACUUAUCUCGUUUGCCCAAUUUGUUUAAACUGCGUCAAAUUCUGUAUUCCAAACAAUAUAGAGAUUUUUUUGGCUAUGUUACCAAAGCUGGUAAAUUAUCCGGUUCCAAGACCGAUAUGAGCAUUAACACCUACACAAAGGGUUGUCAUUUGUUGACUCAUGAUGACGUCAUUGGUUCUAGAAGAAUUAGUUUCAUUUUAUAUCUACCCGACCCUGACAGAAAAUGGAAAUCGCAUUAUGGUGGUGGCUUGAGACUUUUCCCAAGUAUAUUACCAAACGUUCCACAUUCUGAUCCAUCAGCCAAAUUAGUUCCACAAUUCAACCAGAUCGCUUUCUUCAAAGUUUUGCCGGGUUUUUCUUUCCACGAUGUCGAGGAAGUUAGAGUUGAUAAGCACAGGUUAUCUAUUCAAGGCUGGUACCAUAUUCCACAAGUUGGUGAAGAAGGCUACAUUCCAGGUGAAGAAGAAGCAUGGGUACGUAACAAUACUUCAACUUUGGCACAGAUCGAAUCUAAUGUUUUAGAAGAUUUUGAGUUUCCAAAGGAUGAGAGAGAUAUCUUGUCGUUUCACGAAGUUAAGCACUUUGAAAAGAUGCUGAAGGGUAAUGUUGAUGCGAGUGAAGAUAAUGCCGCCAAGGGUUCUAUGACUAGUAUAAUUUCUGAUUCAAUUAAGUUGUCUGAAGCCGAGUUCGCUUAUCUCUCUCAAUACAUCUCUCCUGAACAUUUAAGAUCAGAAGGUAUCGAAAAUCUACAGAAGCGGUUUGUUGAGAACUCUUCUCUACAGAUUGAGUCUUUUUUGAACAAUGAUAAAUCCGAAUUGUUGAAGAAAAUUAUUAAACAAAAAGAACUAGAACAGGAAUGUCCUUAUCAUUCAAAAGAUGUGAAGACACCGUGGAAAACUGCUAUUCCUCCACAUAAAGCCCGUUAUUUAUACAUCGAUGGUAAGGGAUAUCGUAAUUUCCAAUCAGAAGCUGAUAUUCUUGAGGCGUUAAAUAACAAUGAUCUGCCAAACUUUCAGUUUACUAAAGAUGCCAUUAAAAUUAUCUCCGAUGCUUCCGGUAUUAGCAAGGAAAACAAUUUUGAUGCUGAGUUAGCGUUGAUUGAUCUAGCUAUAUUUUACAAAAGCACGAUUUUCAAGAAAUAUUUGACAUUAUUGACUUCUUUGUGCCCAGUCAGUGAACAAGUUUUAAUCAGAAGGUUUAGGCCUGGUAUGGAUUUCACAUUGGCAACCAAAUGUCGUUUUAAUGAACUUUUAAAAAGCAACCCAGAUAUUCUGGAUGCUGUAUUGGAAGGUACUUUGUGUUUGACACCUUCUGUUGGUUGGGAAUCAGGAGAACUUGGUGGUUAUGAAUUGUACAUGAUGGACGAUGAUGAAGAUAAUAAGCAAUACUUAAAAGAAGACGUUGAAGAUGCUUCUGUUUAUCGUGCGGAUGACAGUGGUGAUUCAGUCUUGAUAAAUGAUCCACCCUCUUGGAAUACUUUCAACCUGGUUUUGAGAGAUGAAAGUGUUUUGGAAUUUGUGAAGUAUGUUAGUUGGAGUGCUAAAUCUAGUAGAUGGGAUGUCAAAAUGAAGUGGGAUGUCAAAACAUGUGAUGAAGAUGACCAAGAAGAUGAAGGUCAAGCCGUUAACUCGUCUUGA